AUGGGUGCCGACCUUCGAAAUGUGAAGCAUGUAAUUCAUUCUGGCCCACCAACCAGUCCAGAAGUCUAUGUACAAGAGGUUGGACGAGCUGGAAGAGAUGGCCAGGCAGCAGAAGCCAAGUUAUAUUUCAAUAACUCUGAUUUAGCAGAGAAGCUUAUUGAUAACAGUAUGAUAGAGUUCAUUAGAUCAAAGUCAUGCAGGAGACAGCAUCUAUCUGCAUAUUUUGAUGCACCCUUUGAAAGUGUGGAUAACUGUUGCGAUGUUUGUUGUAAGGAAGGAGCAAAUGUUAUUGGUUUUAAGGUUCCUUCGCUGGAACAAAGGCAUUAUGUUAGACUUUCUCUUCAGACAUACAUAAAUGCUGACCCUUCAGGAGAGUUAGGAUUUAUUAUGUCUGAAGAAAAAGUCCAGAUUAUUGUUGAUUGUUUUGAAUUCAUUAAAGAUGAAUCAUAUCUUUCUAAAUUGCUAAAUUCAAGUGUUCCUGAGUCAGUUCCUAGUUCACUUUUUGCUAUCUUAUCAUCAUUUCAAAAUGACUGA